GUUUUGCAGUGGGACCGCAACCCCUUUCUGUUGUCUCGGUGCCGAGACUCCGACUCCCGGAGGCCUUUGCGGCUGACAAGAGACUACGCCUCCCAGAGGCCUCUGCGACGCCGCGACCGGAAGUGGCGGGCGAGCCGAGUGUCCUUGCGCGCGGAGCGGAGCGGUCAUGGUACCCCGAGUGUGGUCGCUGAUGAGGUUCCUCAUCAAGGGCAGUGUGGCUGGGGGCGCUGUCUACCUGGUGUACGACCAGGAGCUGCUGGGGCCCAGCGACAAGAGCCAGGCGGUUCUUCAGAAAGCUGAGGAGGUGGUCCCCACCGCCGUGUACCAGUUCAGCCAGUACUUGUGCGAGCAGACAGGCCUGAAGAUACCCCAGCUCCCAGCCCCUCCAAAGUUUAACUUUAACAUCCGCGAGUCCUGGAAUUCAGGCAUCAUCACGGUGAUGUCCGCUCUGUCCGUGGCCCCCUCCAAGGCCUGGGAGUACUCCAAGGAGGGCUGGGAAUACCUGAAGGAGCGAACCAAGUAGCCUGUCAAGAGGAAGCUGCCUGCCCCAGGCGGGAAUAGGGGCUGGGGCGCCAUGGACGCCAGACUGGGACCCCACUCUUAGGGCAGCUCUCGGCCUUGCCGGCCCAAUAAAGGACUUGGAAGUGUU